UUGAGUUAAACAUUAACCAAACACCUGAAACACGGAUCCUCACUCUGCUGAUACGUUCAAGUUUUAACUCGACGUCUGAAGCUUCAGAGCAGAGAAGAGAAGCAGCGAUGGCAAAACUCUGUGCAGUGAUUUCCUGUUUGUUGCUGAGUGUCGGAGCGGUGACGGCACAGACAGCUCAGACUCAGACUGAGCAACUGCUGCCUCAGUGGCUCACCGGCAUCAUCGCCGUCGUUGCCUUCCUCUUCCUCACCUUUGUCGGCUUCCUGGUGAAGAAGGCCUGGUGUGAGGAGUCCAGCAGGAGGAAGACCACUGUGGAGUCUGUGGGAGAAAAUGAAGUCGUCAUGACCAACGGGAACACCUACGAGACGAGUCUGGACAUGGUCAGGAGCAAAGAAGACUUGAACGCUUACGACAACCUGGUGAUCGACGACACUGAAGUCAAAGUCACCAUCAUGUGACCGCCCUGCUCUGAUCCUGCUGUCUGAACAUCGUCCUCAUCACCACCUCUGGACGGAGACACAAACACACACAGUUAUUUUUUACAGAAAAACAUUUGCAGAUAAAGUUUUAUGUCUUUGUUUUGAUGUACCUGUUGUCCCCGGCGGGCGGAGCUUACAGUGAGGAACAUCAGAUAUCAUCCAUCCUCUGUUUUUAUUGUAUCUUCUUACAAAUCAUUUAGCACAAAGUGUGACCUUAUUAUACAGAUUAUUAAUCAUUUAUUACUGUGACUGAGGCUUUAAAGGGCAACCUCUGUAUUCUCAACCAGGACCCUGUUCUCCCAUGUUUCUGCAUCUGAGUAUCCAUGUGGAAGUUUUGAAACUGGUCCAGUACUGAAGGAGCGUGCUGCAGCUGUGAAACAGGCUGUAAAAUAACCACUGGGGUCACGUUCACGGCGUCAGUGUACGUCCACUAAGUGUUUGUCUCUGCCGCUGACAGUCUCAGAUUGUUUUUCGAAUGCUGUGCUCACCUUAAACAAAUUGUCUUGUUGCGUUACUCGCACGUAUACGGCCUCUGGAGUGGUUUUUUGGGAGUAUUUUGCAGCUGGUGAACAGUCACAGUCACAGCUGUGCUAACUAGCUGAGGAAGGCAGCUAACAGCUAACUUGGUUGCAGUAAAGUACACAAGUGAACUGGUGCAAAGUCACAGGCCUUAAACUCUGCGACUAAAGCCUGCGACUUUGCACCAGUCCGUCAGAACUGAAAGAAGCCUUUUGGAUGAGAGGUGAAACAUCCUCAAGAAACUUCAGCAUGUCCAGUUGCCUGACACAGAACUUAGGAGUACCAUGACCUGGAUGACUGAGAAUCUUCAGCUUCCUGUUGUUUAUCUUCCACAGUAAGAGCCCAACUUAAAUAACACACAGCAAUCACAGAUACGUAUUUUCAGAACGUACCAUGUCGUCCCACACCUCAAGUCCCGACGGGCCACAGUGUUUGUCCUCCAUUUCUGAUUCUCAGUAACGUCAGGAGAACCUCAACUAGAUCUCAACACUGACACAGGUUUAUGGGAAUUUCUCACUCAAGUUUUAAAAAAUUUCAACUUGUGCAAAUCCAGUGCUGCAGGAAUGAGUCCUAUACCCUGGACAUGAGUUAGCAUGUUAGCAUGUUAGCACUCCUGGUUCACUCAUCUCAAAGUCCAUGUGUUUCUGGUUAGAUGUCUGACAUCACAUUUUGUUCUACCACAUCAGUUUAUAUCAAUUUAGAAGCUACGAUGUGUCUUUAAAAAGACGAGUGCCAACAAGAGGCUAAAUGAGACGACAGACCAUCAUCACGCUGAACACGACUUUACAGUCUUAUGGUGGUGACGUUCAGUCACGUCAUGUGACCGUGGUGUAGUUUGUUUAUAGCCUUACGUUAACUUUUUACCUCUGGUGAUUGAAUUCAGGCUUCAGUGAUCAUUACAGAGGGGUUUAUUUGUGAGGAUUAUCUCACUGAACACAACCUGUAAGUAUCAUAAACAUUUGUUUGUCACAGAGUUUAUUUUCUGCAGUAAUCCAAAAUUCAGUGGAAAAUCCCGUUGGCUUUUUGAGGAGAGAACAAGGGUGAUGCUAACUACAGGAAAACGUGAUCCCUGGGGCACUCUGUAGGUAAAUAGUGCAAAUUCACAUCUUUGCGUUGGCUUCAUAUGUAAUCUCACCACAUUUCGUUUAGUGUGAACGUACAUAAGUGUCCUACCACAUUAUGAAAGGAUCCCUACAGAGAUAGAGCUUUGUGUUGAAGAUAAAGAUCCAGAAACAGCCCAGAAAUCACCGUCACCAAACCCACCAGACUCCAUUUAAAUAAAGUCAUGUUAGUGUGUAUAGAGGCAGCAUGUUGUCACAUCUAACUGGUGAGUUAAGGGUUAAUUUAAACCAAACCAGAGCUGGUGAUUGUUGGAACAGUGGAAAGAUGAACCAAGAUGGUUUCUGUGAGUCUUACUUUGUAGAUGAGGUGUGUCUCACAAUGAUAAAAUUUGUGACAACAUGCUGCCUCUAUACACACUAACAUGACUGUUUAUUUAAAUGAAGUCUGGUGGGUUUGGUGACGGUGAUUUCAGGUCUGUUUCUGGUUAAACAAAAAGGAUCUGACUCUUUAACACAAAUCUCUGUCUCUGUCGGGAUCCUUUCAUCAUGUUGUCAGACACUUACACUUGUGAUUGUGUCAGUGUGCCUGAUUGUGUGUGUGUCUCUGCUCGUGUCGCUCACUCUCCGUUUAGACACAGCUGACGAAUAUGUGGCAGCAUUAGAUGCUUAUGUAUCAUUGAUCAGAUUCAUCAGUCAGGACUUGGUGUCACAAUCCCUCAAGUUUCAGAGCACAGGUGUUUUCCACCCCCGACACAUCAUCAGUUGUGCACCUCGACAUCAGCGGGUGUUUCGGCCUUUAUCACAAGACCCCCUCCGUUGAGGCGGGCCCACCACGUGCUGAUCGACCUGGGUGUUGGCUCCUCCAUGGUCACCUAGGGGUCCAGACGGGAUCCUUUCUCUUCAGCCACAGCUGAUGACUGCACCUCUCAGCUGUGUUGGACAGAUCCUUCACCACUUUCCUCUGGGCCUGCCCAUGAAUCCUGAUUUCCUUCAGGGGCCUAGUGGUGGAUCUAGAGACGAAGCCUCUGCAGCCCGCCUCGAUCGGUCGCACCUCAGCUUUCCAGCCUCUACUCGCCGCUUCAGUUACAAGAUCAGCAUAGAGCAAUCUCGCGUUCAAACGCCUCCUGCGUGGCAUCCUCCCAAGGGACAGUUAGAUCUAUGAGGAAGGCACGCUGACAGGCCUUCAACCGGAGGAUCAGGUCUGGUCGUAAGUUGGUUGCUGCAGUCUCUGGUGGAACUAUGAGACUCUGGCCCAAGUCAGCGUGUGUUUCCAGUCCCUGGCUCCAUGUAGCAGGGCCUGAAUCAGGAGGCAAGAGGAUGAACAUUGCAGGCUGUUGAAACUUACUCUGGGGUUUGAGAGGAAUGGUGUUGGUGGUGAACCUCUCUGGCUCAAGCUCAGCUGCCAAGCACUUAAGAAUCAGGUCAUUUAUAUUAUAUUUAAUAUCGAUUCUAUAUCAUUUACAUUUUCAGUGUUUUUGUUGCAGUUUUGCUUGUGGCUUGUUGGAAAAAAAAACAGACCAAAUGCUGAUUCUAUCGUUGCAGAUCAUGAGCCGGUCAGGGCGCUCAGCGCCGUGCUGCAUCCAGUGUGAACAGCCCAGUCAGAGUACACGGGCGCUAAAAGCAAGUGGGCAGCGUUUCACGGAAAAUCGAUGUGUUUCCAGUGUGAACCUGGCAUUAGAGAAACAAUCUGAGCGUGUUAGUGACAAAAACCAACACUUUGAGUAGAUGUACAUCGGUGGUGUGAACCUGACCCAGCGGUUACAUUACAGCCUGUUUCAAAAUAAAAACUGUUGUCCACAUCAGUCACUGAUGUGGACAACAGAGUCCAGGUUAAAAAUCCAUCAGUCAGCAUGCUUGAUGUUUUUCAGUCACGUCUGGAGCUUCAGAGCAGUAAACACGAGGAAAGCAGCCGUCCGUCCUGUGAUCUCUGUGCUGAUUAAUAAGUUAUCUUUUCUAACAAACUGCUGUGUCGACUCUCGUUACUGAUCAGUGAAAGAAUGACCUGUGAUUAAUAAUUAAAUCCUCUGACAAUAAAGUUUCAUUUUACAGAAAA